AUGUUAAUAAUCAUUGCUCUUUUCGUCGUCACUGCAUCCGUUGCUUGUGAACGUGCAACUCCACCAGCGUAUCCAAUCUGGCCAACUGGUUUCAAAACAGAAGCCACAAUCGUCGCUUUCGAUGAAGAUAAUCAACCUCAUACGCAUCGUAGUGUGUUCUAUUAUUCGUAUACUAAUCAAACAAGUACCGGACGUUUACACGGACUCGAACGACACGAUCAUUUCGGUUACUGCUAUGGUUGGGCUUUGAAUCAACCAAGUUGCAUGAUUUUAAUCACUGAAAAUGUUUACGUGGUUGCUCAGAAUCUUUGCUGUAUGGCUAUGCCAGGCAACUUUGGUGUGCCUAUAAAUUGGCUCAAAGGUGCAACAUGGCUCGGAAUCGAACAGAUUCACGGUCGAACAGUUGAUCAUUGGUAUUCGCAUGAACAUGAAUAUUGGAGUGAAGUCAAUGAACCAAAUAACGGUGUACGUUAUUCAGGACCAAAUUUUAAGACACCACGACAAUUUACCGAUUAUGAUGUUUGGCAAGUUGGUCCACAAGAUCCAAGUCUUUUUGCUUUACCAAAAAAUGUCGAUUGCAGUCAACCUUGCCCAUAA